CCCACCCACACACAAAAAAAAAAAAGAACUGAUAGAGAAGUUGAGAGAGAAACACCAUCACCGUUCCCAGAUUUCGAUUUUCACUACUCUGAUAUUUCUUUUCGAUAUUCUCGAAGAUUCCGAGAAAAAAAGAUGAACUCAGACUCCUUGGAAAAUCUCCACCGGUCAUUCAUUGAAUCGUCGAAAUCGUUCAUCGACUACCGACUCGAGACAGUGUUAACCGACCGAGAACUGCCUUACCUCCGCCGUAUUUACUUGGCGUUGAUGAUAGAGAUGAAGUUCCUCCUCUACCUCGCCGCUCCGGCUAUCCUCGUCUACGUCAUCAACAACGGAAUGUCAAUCGCCACUCGUAUCUUCGCCGGCCACCUAGGUAGCUCCCAACUCGCCGCUGCUUCUCUCGGUAACAGUGGAUUCAAUCUCUUCACCUACGGUCUUCUGCUUGGUAUGGGAAGUGCGGUGGAGACGUUAUGUGGACAAGCGCACGGAGCUCAUCGUUACGAGAUGCUCGGAGUCUACCUCCAGAGAUCAACGGUGGUUCUAAUCAUGACGUGUCUCCCGAUGUCACUUCUCUUCAUCUUCUCGAAGCCGCUUCUCAACACACUCGGCGAGCCAGAGCAAGUCGCUUCAAUGGCUUCCGUCUUCGUUUACGGUAUGCUCCCUGUGAUAUUCGCUUACGCGGUUAACUUCCCGAUCCAGAAGUUCCUCCAAGCGCAGAGCAUCGUCACGCCGAGCGCUUACAUCUCCGCCGCGGCGCUAGUCAUCCACCUCGUCCUCUCGUGGACCGCUGUGUAUCAGUUAGGGUUUGGCCUCUUGGCUUUGUCUCUGGUUCAUAGCUUCUCGUGGUGGAUCAUCGUGGCGGCUCAGAUUGUUUAUAUUAAGAUGAGUCCGAGAUGUAGGCGGACUUGGGAAGGGUUUAGCUGGAAAGCCUUUGAAGGUCUUUGGGACUUUUUCCGGUUAUCGGCGGCUUCCGCCGUGAUGCUCUGCCUCGAGUCGUGGUAUUCUCAGAUUCUUGUUUUGCUCGCCGGACUUCUCAAGAACCCUGAGAUUGCGUUGGAUUCUCUCGCUAUAUGCAUGUCAAUUUCUGCAGUCUCAUUCAUGGUCUCCGUUGGAUUCAACGCAGCUGCAAGUGUGAGAGUAAGCAAUGAAUUAGGAGCUGGGAACCCAAGGGCUGCCGCCUUCUCCACGGUAGUAACAACAUCAGUAUCAUUCUUACUAGCGGUUUUUGAAGCCGUUGUGGUUUUAUCCUGGCGAAAUGUCAUCAGCUACGUGUUUACUGAUAGUCCUAUUGUGGCCGAGGCCGUUGCGGAUUUAUCACCCUUUCUAGCAAUCACUAUUGUCCUCAACGGAAUUCAGCCUGUACUGUCAGGUGUGGCUGUUGGAUGUGGGUGGCAAGCAUUUGUUGCGUACGUUAACAUUGGGUGUUACUACGUCGUGGGAAUUCCGAUUGGUUUCGUACUUGGUUUUACAUAUGAUAUGGGAGCAAAGGUAAAUAAAUAAAUCGCUUUUUUCUUUAAUUUUUGACAUAUACGUAAUAAAAUAUGAUAAAUGCAAACGAUAAAUUAAAUGAGUAUGUAAUGAUUCAUUGGUGCAGGGUAUAUGGACAGGGAUGAUUGGUGGCACAUUAAUGCAAACCAUAAUCUUAGUGGUUGUUACCUUGAGAACUGAUUGGGAUAAAGAGGUGGAGAAAGCUUCUAGCCGGUUGGACCAGUGGGAAGAGAGCCGUGAAGCGCUUCUUAAGCAGUAAAAAAAAAAAAAAAAAGAAGCAACGACAAUUUCUUAUACAAGGUUUUGGGAAUUUGAGGUCAAGAUGAAAUCAAUUUUUUGUGUUCCCGAAAUUUGUUGUUGAGGUUCACAUGAAAGAUGCCAGUUCAAUGGAUGAAACACUAAUUUUUCAAUCGAAAAAUGUUUGUUGUUGUUGAUUAAUGAAAUAAAAAAAAUUUUAUGGCACACAUCUUUAAAUGUAUAAUGUUUCGUAAGAAAACACGUCCUUAUAUUGGCUGUUCUUGAGAUGUACAUAAAAAGGUUUUACAAAAAGUUUAAAGAAAACAAGAGAGUUUAAUUUAAAGGUAUCGGCGAGAUUCUAUGAAACUCUGAUAAAAGCCAUCGACUCCAGAACCUAAAAUAGGGCCAAAGCAUCGACGAUCAAUUUGAUUAGAACUGCAUUUAACAGAAGUUAGGUGUUAGGACCAACUGAAGAUGGUCCAGUUGUUUCU